AUGGGCGCGGAAGAGGUGUCGAUUCCCGUCAUGGGUGCGAAGCUGGAGGAGAAUGUCCUAGAAUCCAGGGUACUGAUCAUCAUGACUGGAGGGACGAUUUGCAUGCAGCCGUCUCCGGCCGGGUUCGUGCCUGCCCGGGGAUUCCAGGACAAGUGCAUGGCACGAGUGCCGUGCUUCAAUGAUGGCUCGCCGUCGUUCCACAUGGACGUGGUGACCAAUGCCGCAGGAGAUGUCAAGGGUCAUCCUAGUCUGCGCACGCCAAUCACCGCCUAUGGAAAGCAGGUGCGGUAUACCGUCUUCGAGUUUGAAGAGCUCCUGGAUAGCAGCUCCAUCGAUGCCAAGGGCUGGACGCAGAUUGCGGAGACCAUUUUCCAGAACUACACUUUGUAUGAUGGCUUCGUGGUGCUUCACGGCACCGACAGUCUGGCGUACUCCUGCUCAGCCCUGAGUUUCAUGCUCCAGAACCUCGGCAAGCCCGUCGUGCUCACAGGGUCUCAGGCACCUAUGCUCGAGCUCCAAAAUGACGCAACUGACAAUCUGCUGGGAUCGCUCGUGGUGGCGGGUCACUUCAUGAUCCCGGAAGUGUGCCUAUACUUCAACAACAAGCUGUUUCGUGGCAAUCGGUCCACCAAGGUGGCGGCGAGCGACUUUGCCGCCUUUGAUGCCCCGAAUUGUCCCCCUCUGGCAAUCACGACUUCGAUGCGCACGAAUGUCAACUGGGAUAUGGUGCAUAGGCCCACCAGCUUGGAGCACUUCCGGAUCCAAACAAAUCUUGACACGACCCAUGUCGCGUGCCUUCGUAUCUUCCCGGGCAUCAAGCCCGAGAUGGUGGAUGCGGUUCUGAAACUGGACGGUCUCCGCGGCCUCAUUUUGGAGACCUUUGGAGCUGGAAACGCUCCGUCUGGCCCAGAUAACGCGAUGAUCAACGUCCUGGCCAAUGCCAUUAAGCGUGGUAUUGUCAUUGUCAAUGUAACUCAAUGUCUGACCGGCAGUGUCAGUCCAGUCUGUGCCACCGGCAUGAGUCUGUCCCGUGCUGGCGUUGUUGCUGGCCUCGACAUGACUACCGAGGGUGCUCUCACGAAGCUGGCUUAUUUACUCGCACUCCCUGGUGCUACCCCAGACACCGUGUCCAGGGAAAUGUCCGUCUCCCUGCGCGGAGAGCUUACCGAGUCUUCUCUUCCGAUGUUCCGACAUCCGGACGGAGCUCUUCCCGGUCGUGUACAGACCCUCACGGCGAUGGGUUACGCCAUCGCGCAUGGAGAUCUCGAACGGGUCCAAACCAUCAUGAAGACAGAACAUCACUGGCUGCUGAAUGACGCCGACUAUUCGGGGAACACUCCAAUUCACUUGGCAGCCACCUCCCCGGCGAUCGCAAUCCUCCACUACCUGCUCUCCCAGGGUGGUUCCGUGCAUCUUCGUAAUCGCAACGGCCGUACCCCGCUGUUCCUCGCGGCUAAUGCCGGGCUCUCCGAGCACGUGCGCCUUCUACGCAAGUCGGGUGCUCACCUGCAUUCGGACGAGCGACCGGCAGCAGAAUUACUGGCUCGUCGACGGCCCCGGGUCUGGGAGUUGGCGGGCAUUGACCCCGGCGUAAAUACUCCGGAGCUCGAAGAUGAGCGGGGACGGACGUUGGCCGGGUCUGCACCAUGA